AUGGCAACAGGAGAUGCGGGCGAUAGCAUGCAAAUUUCAAGCGUCGGGGAAAGAAUCGGGAAUAAAUGCGAACCUUGUCGUCGUCAGGACAGGUCCGUGAUGGCGUCGUUGUUCUGUAAUACAUGCAAUGUAUAUCUAUGCGAUGACUGCUGUGAUGUACACUGGAUACACAUGACAAACGUUUAUGAACAUCAGAUCGUGGCUGCCCAUGAAGCUUGCUUCAAGUCAAUGGUCGAUAUGAAUGGACUGGAUCGGUGUUUAGAACACAAACGAGUUUUCAUGUUUCACUGUGAAAACCACAAAGAUUUGUGUUGCGAAAUAUGUGCCUUCUCACGUCAUCGUAGAUGCGAAAAAAUCCACGAAAUAGCAAAAGUAGCUAAGAAAGUGAAAGAUGAUGAAAGGGAAAAGAUACGUGCAUCCAUUAAUACUGCCUCAGAAGUUAUCAUGAAAUGCAAUGAGGCUCAACUGAACAACGUUUCGCGAGUGGAAGAAAUCGUAAAAGAAAUUGGUGUAUACAAGGAAACCUUAUUAAAGAAAAUUGAGGAAGCUAAGUCGGGAAUUGUCAGCGCAAUGACUAACCAUAACACACAAAAAGACGAACGUCUAGAUACGAGGAGAAAUGUGGCUGAAAACCUAAAGAAAGACCUUGACAAGCAUUUGGCAAUGUCAGAAAGCAUUCACAAGAAUGGCACGGAAUCAGAAAUUUUCAUCCUAAACCAUAUUCUUGAAAAGACGCUAGACAAAGCAUCACAAACACUGAAUACUUUAUUGAAGAAAGAUUAUACCGUCAAAGGAAAACUAACAAUAAAUGAAAAUGGGUUAAAAAGAAAAACUACUGAUGUCGCCUUAUUCUCUUUGAUGGGAACACGCCGGCAGAAAACCCAAUCAGUAAAUGGAAACAAGGAAAUCAAGACAACAAAAAGCUCUGAAAUCGUGAACAACGUUCAGCAAAGGCCGUUGCGUCUGGAGCUGUUGAAAACCCUGAAGCUGGAAAAUACAGGGGACGACAAGGAGCUACCGUUUGUUACCGGGUUGGACUUUCUGCCGAACAAGAGGAUCGUCGCCGUGGAUGACUGCAAUUGUACAUGUUUUAUCUUGGAUGACACGCUGAAGAGGUUUGACGCAUUUUAUAAAUUUACUGCAAAUCCUCGUGACGUAACUUCUUACUCUGAUAACAAUAUUGCAGUAACUGUCAGUGCCAGAGCUAUCCGAACCAUCUGCCUGUUGACAGUGGGUAGUAACAACACAAUCACCCUGAUGAAGACGCUGAACACGUCCACCUACUGCUUCUCUAUCUGUCCUCUGAACGACCACACGUUCGUAGUGAGCACCAGGGAAGACACACGGCCUGCUAAAAUGAUCGACGCGGACGGCGAGGAGAGAAACUUUGACAACGUUAUGUUUUCUAGCAACAAGUAUAAGAUUGGUGAAAGCAAAUGUACCUACAUACCUUCCCAUGAUUCCCUUGUUCUAACAGACCGGUAUUCUCACACAGUUUACAUGUACAACACCAAGACCGGCAAGAGUACCGAGGUGAAUCAUGACAGGAUACGGAAACCGCGAGGUGCGUGUGUUGGCCCCGAUGACUCCGUGAUUAUCUGCAGUAAUGGCACAAACUUCAUCGUGCAGGUAUCGUCCGUCGGGGAAAUUAUGUCGUCAUGUGGCGUUGAAAUGAAUUAUCCAUACGCCGUGGCAAUCUCCAAGGACAGGUCUUUAAUGGCCGUGACCAACGAUCCGGGGGGCGUGAGGAAGCUGCAACUGUUUAAAAUAAUACGAUGA